AUGAAGACUCUCAUCUUUAUUGCUGCUCUUCUACUCGUUGCCAUCUUCCCUGAGACGGAAGCCUGCCGUCAGAAACGCAUCCAAUGGUACAAAAUGGCGGAAUGUCAUAAUGGCAAGGGGCAGGUCGAUCGCGAUUGCUGGCAGAUAGAGGCAAAUAUGCGUGCCUAUAGCGACCAAAAUGAAGGUGUCUAUGGACCUGUCAUUAGUGCUGAUAGUGAAUGGAUGCUUGAACCCGGAAUGUCUCACUGGCCAAGCAUGCCUGGUGGGUGGCAACCUGUCAAUCCUGAAAAUGGCUCCAACGGAUGGGAAGACACCGGUCACAAGCCCAUCGACUGCACCGGAUAA